CGUUAUAUGUUUCGUAGUACUCGUUCAAAAUGGCGGCUCGUGGAGAGUGUUCAAAUCUGAUAUCCAUAAAACAGUUUAAGAAAGAGUUUAUGGAGUUUCUGGAACCGGCUCAAUAUGAAAGGAAGAAGUUUGAACUCGACCUGACACAAAUGGCUAAGGAAAUGAACGUACCAAUGGAUGUAGCAACAGACCUGAGCGAAGUAUGCAGUUCAAGCAAUUUAAAGUGCCCAGCAGAAACAGAAGGCCUGGAAUCAAUAGACAUUUUUGGAAAUUCCAUUCCUGAUGGGGUAGAGCUUGAAUCCUUAAAGCUAGUGAAAGAGAGAAGAGGAAGACUAACAGUGCAUAGAAAAGUAGUGAAUUAUCUUAUAAAGGAAAUACAACCCUCUAAAGAACCACAAACAUUUCAGGAAAUUAAGACAAAUGAAGUUGUCCUGUCAGUCGCAAUUUGUCAUCCCCGUAAGCAAAACAAGGUUCAAGAAUUCCAUGUGCUGGGAAGUCAGUGUCUCACAGAAUUACGUGACAAAAUAUUUUGUACUGCUGAUGAAAUGAUACUUGGGGAUCACAGCAAUAAUCCAGACCAAUUAUCACAAAAAAGAGCUAAGGAUAUGUUCAAGUCUGGGUUCUUUUUCAUAGAGGGAGUGUUUUACAAUGACAAACGUGAUCCACUUUCAAAGGAUUACAGCAAGGUGAUCAUGGAGUGGGCUAAAGACCCCCAAAGAAGAAAGUGCCCUGGGCUGGGCUUAUUUACCAGUAAGCGAAUGGAGGAUGUGAUAUUUGAAGACCUGAAAGUCAAGUUAGGAUACCCAUAUUUUUAUUGCCAUCAAGGGAACUGCGAACAUAUUAUCAUGUUUACUGAUCUUAGAUUGAUGAAUGUAGACGAUAACCCAAACCUGAAUGAAUACCCACUGCAAGUAUUCAAACAUAGAGGGAAACGAAUAAGGUGUCGCGUGUGUGACGUUUACACUGCAAAAUGGGUGACAGUGAAUGAUGUGUUAGCGUGCGAAGAACCUUGUUUUUUCUGUGACACUUGUUUUAAAGGACUUCAUUAUUCACAGAGCGGAGAGAAAAUCUGUGAUUUUCAGGCUUAUCCAGUGCUUGGAGACUUUGACUGGUGAUUCAGUGUCAGAACUUGGUUAUCGUGUCGUGCUCCCAGUGAAAAAAGACACACAUAGCACAGUUGGAAAAGCCAGCUCAAAAAUUUACAUCUUCUGUGUCCUCACCUGUGAUCCAUAGCCAACGCAAUAACAAACUCGUGAACCGUCCCUGUUGACGGCCAAUAUUUUGUCAUAGACAUUCCUUUGUAAAGGCAUAAAACCAUACAAAGAACCGGACCAUGUUUGGAAUGUUAUCCGUUUAAGAAAGAGAGUUUUCCAACGCUAUUCAAAUUCAUUCAGGUUGAAAUGUUGAUGACAAUGAUUCCAUUUCCCGAAACUAAUGUGGGUAUCUGAGGUUCGAAUCGUCUGGGGGAUUUAUACUUUUCUUUACUGCAGUGCAAGCGCAUAUCAGAUGUUUGAGGUCGUAUUCCCGUCGUUAAUAUGGAAAAUUUAUCAAAUACGUUCAAAGGAAGAAAGAAAGAUCUGGAUUAAAAUAUUCACAAUUGUCUGGUUGAUCGAUGAAUAAAGUUGAUUUAAGGAUUCGUACAAAUAAAUACAAUUUUAUUUUCAGUUUCAA